UACACUUUAAGGGAACAAUACUGGCAAUAAGAUUCUACUAGUAGUUUUCUAUGGCUACUUCAAAUAGCAUUUUUAGAAAAUUGGAAAAAGAAGAAGCAGAAGAAAAACAAAAGGAAAAAAUGUGUAGCUCUAAAUCAUCACCUUCUGAAAUAAUUGAGCAGGUGAAACUAAUUGCAGAGCCUAUGAAGAAUAUACCACCAUGGCUAGGUCCCUUUUUGAAAAAGACAUUUUUUGGGUCAUGUAUGGUGCAUGCUGAACUCCAAAAGAAUGAUCUAAACAAGUAUUGCAUCACAUGUGAUUUAGAUUUAUGCAGGUAUUGUAUCUCUACAAACAAACACAAUGACCAUGAGCUACUGAAGAUUUAUCGACAUGUUUACAAAGAUGUUGUUCCUCUUGAAGAGAUGGAGAAUCAUGUUGACUGCGCUAAAAUUCAGCCAUACAAAUGCAAUAAGAAAUGGGUAAUCGCGUUGAAUCCACUGCCACAUUGUGGUUCAGGCUCUCUAAUUGCUGGAGAUCCAACUUGUUACACUUGCAAAAGGAGAUUGAAUGACCCUGGCCAAUUCCGUUUCUGCUGCAUUGCCUGCCAGGUGGAAGUUGUAUGCAGGAAGAAUGAGAUUAGUCUUGGUACAAUUGAGAUGAAGCACAAGCGCAAGAGGAAGGGAAUUCCUCACAGAGCUCCUUUUAAAUAAACAUGCUUUGGUUUGAUCAAUUUGAAGUACUUGCUUGAAGCAUUUUCAACUGUGAAUUUAUGCUGCUACUAGCAAAACAUGUGUUUUGAAGUACUUGCUUGAAGCAUUUUCAACUGCGAAUUUUAGUGCUACUAGCAAAACGUAUGCAAUUUGAACUAAUUUUAUUUUGAA